CCGGCUGGGACCCAACCAACGUCAAACAGCUCCAUUCUACCUUCAAUGAACGUAUUCAAGGUUGCUCUCUUUGUGGCCCUGGCCGUUUCGGCUCUCGCCGAAGACAAAAAGACUGAGAAGAGAGGAGUAGUCACUGGAGGCUACCACGGAGGCAGCUAUGGAGGCGGAUACGGCUCCAGCGGCCUCUCCGUCGGACACGGAUUGAGCCUCGGCGGCGGAUCGCUCUAUGGAAGUGGUUACGGAGGUGGAUACGGAGGAGGAUACGGAGGAGGAUACGGAGGAGGAUACGGAGGAGGAUACGGAGGUGGAUACGGAGGUGGAUACGGAGGUGGAUACGGUGGUGGAUACAGUUCUGGAGUCGGAUCUGGCUUGGGCUUCGGAUCCGGAGUCGGCCUCGGAGGAUUCAGCGGAGGUUUCGGCGGAUUGGGCGGAGGACUGGGCGGAGGACUGGGCGGAGGAUUGGUCAGCGUGUCCCAAACCCCCGUGACCGUCAACACCGUCAACACUGCCGUUGCUGUACCCGUGCCGCAACCCGUGCCUGUGACAGUCACCAGGCCCGUACCAGUACCCGUACCCCAGCCCGUACCAGUUUCCGUCCCCAGGGCCGUUCCCGUCCAUGUCCCCCAACCCGUGCCCGUCACUGUACCUAGGCCAGUCCCCGUCUCCGUACCUCGCCCCGUCCCCGUCCCCGUCCCUCACCCAGUCCCGGUCUCCGUACCCCAGCCCUACGCCGUCCCCGUUCCUCAGCCUUACCCAGUCACCGUCACCAGGCCAGUCCCAGUCUCUGUACCCCAACCCGUGGUCGUCGCUCAGCCCGUAGCCGUAUCUACCGGAUCCGUCGGCGUCUCUAGCGGACUCGGCUCAGGAUUCGGAGGAGGUUUCGGCUCUGGCGUCGGACUCGGUUCCAGCCUCGGAUCCGGAUACGGAGGCGGAUAUGGAGGUAGCUACGGAGGUGGCUACGGAGGUGGCUACGGAGGUGGCUACGGAAGCGGCUACAGCCUCGGCUCCUCCCUCGGAUCUAGCUACGGUGGUGGUUACGGUUCUGGACACCUCGUAUCCGUCGGUAGCGGCUAUGGUUCCGGCUACGGUUCCGGACACGGAUUGAGCCUUUCUAGUCACAGCCUCGGAUCCAGCUACGGCAGCGGAUACUCGUCCGGAUGGAAAGGACACCAUUAAACACUCACUUCGGCAUUUGACGGCAUACGUUCAUCGUUUCUUCAGCGAUGCACCCCAUGCGUGAUAUUUGUAUUAUUUGUCUUUAAAUUUUCUCUGUAAAGAUGUUAUUUGUUACGUGAAUA